AUGGCUCCCAACACCAGCCGAGAUGACUUUAACGCGGUCUUCCCCGCAAUCGUCAAGGACAUUAGCGAGCACUCGAAGCAAUAUAACAUUCCUGCUCCAGCUUUAGAAUGGCUUCAGAACAACCUGAAUACCAACACCCCUGGAGGGAAGCUUAACCGCGGUCUAUCAGUCCCCGAUACUGCCCUUGCUCUCCUCGAGAAGCCCCUGACAGAGGAACAAUUCAAGCAUCUCGGCAUGCUCGGAUGGAUGACCGAACUCCUGCAGGCAUUUUUCCUCGUCUCCGAUGAUAUAAUGGACAGCUCGAUCACCCGUCGUGGCGAGCCAUGCUGGUACCGUCGUUCCGGCGUUGGAAUGAUCGCAAUCAAUGAUGCGUUCAUGCUGGAGUCUUCCAUUUACGUCCUACUCAAGAAACAUUUCCGUUCUCACCCGGCAUAUAUCGACCUUGUCGAACUCUUCCACGAAAUCACCUUCCAAACCGAGCUGGGUCAGCUAUGUGAUCUCAUCACCGCCCCUGAGGACCAUGUUGACCUAAACAACUUCAACAUGGACAAGUUCAACUUCAUCGUGAUCUACAAGACGGCUUAUUACAGCUUCUACCUGCCCGUGGCGCUAGCCCUACACUAUCUACAGCUUGCUACUCCCAAGAACCUCCGCCAGGCCCAUGAUAUUCUUAUCCCCUUGGGCCAAUACUUCCAGGCCCAGGAUGAUUUCCUUGACGUAUUCGGAAAGCCAGAGCAGAUUGGAAAGAUCGGUACUGAUAUCCAGGAUAACAAGUGCUCUUGGGUUGUUAACCAGGCCCUAACCCGCUGUUCCCCUGAGCAACGCAAGGUCCUCGACGAAUGCUACGGCAGGAAAGAUGCUGCUAUGGAAGCCAAGGUGAAGGCGAUUUUUAACGAGUUGAACAUCCAGAAAGUCUACCAGGAAUUCGAGGAAGACCAAGUUUCAAAGCUGAAAACUAUGAUUUCUACCAUUGACGGCUCCGAGGGACUCAAGGGAAGCGUCUUUGAAAUCUUCCUAGCUAAGAUCUACAAGCGUGACAAAUAG